AAAAGAACGCAAGCGACGAAGACGAAACAUUUCUGUUUGUUUACAAUUUAGGCUAGGUUUUAUCUGCUGUUUAGAGACUAAAUUGUGACUCAUACCUUUAGACUAUAAGACGUAAUAAGAGGAGAGUAGCUGAGCCGGAGGUUACACAACGCCAGCAUGGGAUGGGUGGAUGUCUGACGUUAGAUAGAGAAGAAGCCAAGGCUCGUCAGCGAAGUGAUGAGAUUGACAAGCAACUCAGCGAGCUCGCUCAUCAAGAGAGAAACAUCAUCAAGAUCCUGCUGCUCGGGGCGGGGGAGAGUGGCAAGAGCACGUUGGUGAAACAGAUGAAGAUCAUCCAUAGUGAUGGCUUCACUAGAGACGAGCUUUGCAGCUUCCGACCCACUGUCAUGGAUAACCUUUUGUCGUCCAUGAAGUACGUGCUGGGUGGCAUGGGACUGCUGCGGAUCAACUUGCAAACUGCUAAGAACAAGGGCCAUGCCCAGACUGUACUCACAGCCACCAGCUGUUUUGACAAAAGUUUCACCAUGUUGCCGGACGUCGCUGUCGCGCUGCAAUGUCUGUGGCAAGACAGAGGGGUGAGACUGGCUGUCGCAAGAGGCUUUGAGUAUCAACUCAACGACUCUGCCAUUUACCUGUUUGACAACAUGGAUCGCAUCUGUGACCCUAAAUAUGUCCCGACGGCAACUGAUGUUCUGAGAGCCAGGGUGAGGACCAAUGGCAUCAUUGAAACUCACUUCAAGAUCAAUGACUUUAUCAUCAGAAUGUUUGACGUUGGAGGUCAGAGAUCCCAGAGACGGAAGUGGAUUUAUUGUUUUGAUGAUGUCAAGGCUGUGCUGUUCGUUGUCUCUCUCAGCGGCUAUGAUAUGACACUAAUUGAAGAUUCCAGUGUCAACCGGUUGGAAGAGAGUUUGAACUUGUUCUCUCAGAUCGUCAACAACCGGUUCUUCAGAGAAGCUAGCUUCAUUCUGUUUCUAAACAAGUUUGAUUUGUUCAGAGAAAAGAUCUUGUACUCUGGACGACAUUUGAGGUUGUACUUCCCUGAUUAUAGAGGGCCGGACUUUGAUGUGGACAGAGGUGCUCUGUUUAUCCAGCACAAGUUUGCUCUCCGCAACCACAACUCUGCCAAGGUGUUGUACCCUCACUUCACCACAGCCACGGACACCAGCAAUGUGCAGGUGGUCAUGGACAUGGUCAUCAGUGAGAACUUGGCUCAAGUCACUCUGGUGUAACAGAUGUUGAACUGAAUGAAACGAUUGGUCUCAAAAGAUUCUCUAAUGUUGUUCCUACAAAAGAAGAUCAUUUACCAAAAAUCGUCGAUCCAAAACGUGUAAAGAUUAAGGUAGACUGUAGGAGGAACAAAUACAAUUGUAAGUGUUAAAUAUAUUUGGAAUCAACCUUUAUUUUGUUUGUAGAAUUUGUAUUUAUUUAUUGUUUAAAAUAAUGUUUUCCCGGUAGAAUUUGUUUUCUAGAAAUCUUUAGUGAAAAUAUGGCUUGUUAGUUGUAUUUCAUUAUAUUUAUAUAUACAUAAAGUAGAUUUAGAAGUUUCACAUUACUUGGUGAUAAGUCUAAAAAAGAUCAUACUUUGAUUAUGUUGACUAUGUGGAAUGUUUUUUUUUUUCUUUUGUAAAAUAAUGUAGAUAAAUAGCCUAAUAAAGCUUUAUUUUCCGUUAGUUAAAAGUAAAAGUAUUAUAUUUAAAAGUCCAUGGUAGAUUACUUACUUUGUUAUUUUUACCUGAGUGCAAUAAUUAUUCUUGACUAAGUUCUGGUUCAGUAUUAUGAUGGAGACCUUUAGUAGUAUAUUACGUUACUAGUCCUGAAAAUGAGUGUUUACCGGACGAGUGUGGUCGUUCCCGUGCGAGACGAAGUCAAGUACGGGAUUACCAUACGAGUCCGGUACACACAUUUUGGACGAGUUAGGUACGAUAGUUUACGCCAUACUAAUAAAUCUGUACAAAUCCUUAUAUAUUUCCACCAACUAAAGGA